CCCGUCGCCGUCUCCAUCCUCUCUCUCUUCUCCAUCUCUCUUAUUACGACGUCCAUUGAAAAUCUGGGGUACCGAGUCGGCCAUUUUUGUGCUUUGCAGAAAGUGUCAAAUCGAAGAGGGUCGUAAAUCGGUGGCCGAGUGAGUUUCGGUGGUGUUGGAAGUGUGUUCGCCGUGUGGAAAAGACCGAGGUAAGAUGACGGAGUCCUGCGGUGGGUUGUAUUGACCGAUAAACGAGGUCGGGAGAAGGUUGUUAAAACCGAUUGGAACCUUGGCGAAAGGGUGAAAAAAUCUGUCUCUCUCUCUUUCCUGCGGAACUUCGGUUCUGGUUUUUCCCCCGGUUACAUUUUCGUGCGAAGGGUGAAAGAAGCGGUCGGAAGCCCUGGAAGGUAUAAAAGGCAAAACCAUGGGAAAUGCCGCAACGGCCAACAAGAAGGGGGAUUCUGCGGAAAGUGUCAAAGAAUUCCUCGACCAGGCCAAAGAGGAAUUCGAAGAGAAGUGGAAGAAGAAUCCGACCAACACCUCCUCCCUCGAUGAUUUCGACCGAAUCAAGACCCUCGGGACGGGAUCCUUCGGCAGGGUUAUGAUAGUGCAACAUAAACCGACGAAAGAGUACUACGCGAUGAAGAUCCUCGACAAGCAGAAGGUGGUGAAGCUGAAGCAGGUGGAACACACCCUGAACGAAAAACGUAUUCUCCAAGCCAUAAGUUUUCCCUUCCUGGUGAGUCUGAAAUUUCAUUUUAAAGACAAUUCCAAUCUCUAUAUGGUGUUAGAAUACGUUCCUGGAGGGGAGAUGUUCUCCCAUUUGAGGAAAGUUGGCAGAUUCAGCGAGCCCCACUCGAGAUUCUACGCGGCUCAGAUUGUGCUGGCGUUCGAAUACCUCCAUUAUCUCGACCUCAUUUACCGUGAUCUGAAACCGGAGAAUCUCCUCAUCGAUUCGCAAGGUUAUCUCAAAGUCACAGACUUCGGUUUCGCCAAGCGGGUCAAGGGCCGGACAUGGACCCUGUGCGGGACACCCGAGUAUCUGGCUCCAGAGAUCAUCCUUAGCAAAGGUUACAACAAAGCCGUCGACUGGUGGGCCCUCGGCGUCCUCGUCUAUGAGAUGGCUGCGGGCUACCCGCCUUUCUUCGCCGAUCAGCCCAUCCAAAUCUAUGAGAAAAUAGUAUCUGGGAAAGUGCGGUUCCCAUCGCACUUCGGUUCCGAUCUUAAAGAUCUCCUCAGGAACCUCCUUCAAGUAGAUUUAACCAAACGUUACGGAAACCUAAAGAACGGUGUUAACGAUAUUAAGGGACAUAAGUGGUUCGCUUCCACGGAUUGGAUCGCCGUAUUCCAGAAGAAGAUCGAAGCCCCUUUCAUUCCCAGGUGCAAGGGCCCUGGAGACACAAGUAACUUCGACGACUAUGAAGAGGAAGCGCUCAGAAUUUCAUCGACUGAGAAAUGUGCAAAAGAAUUUGCAGAGUUUUAAACCACUUCAAAGGCAAGAUUACAUUUAAUAAUUUUUCUUUUGCUUUUACAAGGUUAAAAACAAAAGGAAAUAUUAGCAAUUGGAACAGCUAACACAUACACAAAACCAAAAAAAAAGAAAAAAAAAGAAAAGAAAGGAGAAUCAGUUCUAUUGAACCAUGAUAUAAAUAUAUAUAUAUAUAUAACUAGUUUAGAUUAAACUUAAAAAUUAAGGAGCGCCGACACUCCCAAAUAGUACCGCUUCAAACGGUUCUCUCGCUUGGAUUAUUUAUAUACGGGUCUUCCUAAACUAGGCGAGGGUUCUCUUGAUUCAUUAUCGUCUCGGUGUGUUUAGAAAAUUUUACAAAGUAGCAUUUCUCCAGUGGCUCCCCCUCAUUAUAAACAAGUGACAAAAUUAGAAGUCUUUGGACAGUCUUUGAAUUUUCACAAGAACCCCUCCCCCCAUCGCCCUAAAGUGAGGAAAAGAAAAGGGAAAAAAAUCUAAAAUAUUUAUUAUAAAAUGUGCAAACUCUGCAUGCUUUG